AUGUAUGAUGGCAAGAAGACAGCCGCCCUUCGCGUCCUACAAGAGACAUUCAUCAUUAUCAAAAAGGCCAAGUUCGACGAGGCACGCCAGGCCGCGCUGAAGCAGGGUUUAGUAGUGAUGACUCCCUCCGGUGCCAUCCCCGUACCCAAGCCUGUCAACCCAAUGCAAGUCUUUCAAGACGCCAUUGAGAAUGUCAAACCCACGGUGGCCCUGACUCCGGUCAAGAAGUCUGGUUCCAUCCAUCAAGUGCCCACCCCUUUGACAGCCAAGCGCCGUCAAUCUCUUGCCAUCAAGUGGAUCAUUGGCGCUGCGCGCUCGCGAAAGAAACUUUUGAUGCCCGAAGCUCUCGCUGCUGAAAUCAUGGAAGCUGCCAACAACACGGGUGCCGCGGUCCGCAAGCGCAUCGAGACGCAUAAGAUGGCCGAGGCCAACCGCGCCCUUGCCCAUCUACGCUGGCAAUAG